UCUCUGCGUGCUCACACUCUGCUCUGGUUUAAAAGAACGCAGCUGCCUCGACUGCACAGGCCUGGACAGCCUCUUCCCCGCUGGCUCCAUGGUUUCGCUACACGCAGGGAAGCGGAACAGCUGCUACAGGAUAAGCCACAAGGCUGUUUCCUGCUGAGGCUCAGCGAGUCAAAGAUCGGCUUUGCGCUGUCUUACAGUAAAAUCCGGGUGGGUGGUGGAGCGGAGGCGGAACAGGUCCACGUGGGAAGACCGGGGACUGAGGGAGAGCAGGACACCCAGGCAGAACCGGCAAAGCAGGAAGCCAGGGCAGAGCAGAGAACCAAGGCGGAGCAGGGAACUAGAGUGGAGCCGACGGAGCAGGAAACUAGGGUGGAACCGGAGACCAGGAGCCCACUGAGACACAAUACAGACUUUUAUGGCCCCAAGGACCAAGCAAACAGUAAUUAUAAAUCAGCGGCUCGUCAGUGGACCAUUGUCGGAAAAGCGGCGGCUGCCGCUGGAAUAACGAUGAGCAAAACUCCGAAUGGCAGUUCUGAGGUUGCUGAAAGACCCUCAAAUCUUAAUCUAACAGGGGAUCAGGUUUCUCCUGUGGAUGUCCAGUAUGCUCGAGUUAACAAACCCCCCAGAGCAGUAUCAGAAAAUACCCCCAACUUCAGUGCCCACCCUGACCUCCAGGGAGCGACAGCAGCCUUUACCCCUCCAUCCAUCCCAAACUUUGACACAACAGCAGCAGACCCGAAAUACUGGAAACUGGAGCCCAUGCACACUUAUGAAGAAACCCCCCACACACGCAGUCGUCCAGAAGAGAUCGACUGCUAUGCCAUGGGGUGGAGGAGGCAGGCGGCAGGGGAUGAAGUGAACCUUCCAAAAAAUCAUCUGUAUUCAGAGGUGAACAUCAAGGGUGCCCAAGAAGGCUUUGCUAUACCAAGACCCGGGCCUAGUCUUCCUCUUAGACCUCCCCCAAGAUCUGCUCAUGGUCCUUUGCGACCAGAGGUCGCUGGGCAGAGUUUUGGUGUGUCCCCACUGAUGACUCCACCUCAGCAGUCUGGUUUUCGUCAUUCAGAGCAGCCAAAUCUGAACGCUUCCUCCAGUUCCAUUUAUGAGCAGAUUCCUGAAAGACCAACCAGCUCUAAAGCAUGUCUGCCCCCACCAAAUCACAAACGCUGACCUCACAAUUGUA